UAUUAUUAUUCUGUGCAAUUAAUAAUAAUUAUCGCGUUUUGAGUUUUCACAGUUUUACAGGUUUAUAUUUUUCAAUUAUUCAAUCAAUUUAUAAAAAUUGAAUUUCACUUCUAGUUCCUUUUAUUAAUUAUUUUGUGUACGUCAUUUUAGAACCUGUACGGCCAUCAUCCAAGCUACAAUGUCGCUUGACUCGAUUCCCAAGGAUAUGAGAUCCGCUAGAGCCUGUCUUGUAUGUUCGUUAAUUAAGUCUUUUGAUCAAUUUGAAUUUGAUGGCUGUGACAAUUGUGAUGAAUUUUUGAGAAUGAAAAAUAAUCGUGAUCAUGUGUAUGAUUGUACAAGUUCAAAUUUUGAUGGAAUGGUUGCACUAAUGAGCCCUGAAGACAGUUGGGUUGCUAGAUGGCAAAAAAUUAAUAGAUUUACAAAAGGCAUUUAUGCUAUUUCUGUUGCUGGUCGAUUACCUCCAAAUUUUGUAAGAGAAAUGAAAGCCAGAGGUAUACCGUAUCGUCCAAGAGAUACAACAUUCAAAUAAGGUCUACUAUUGUAAUUGAUGCAACAGCUUUUUCGGAAACACUAAUCUUUUUUUGAGCUCUUGUUAAUUCGUCGUCAAGUCGCUGUUUUUCAGCUUCCAAUUCAAUUAACCUCUGUUGGGCUUCUAAAACAAUAAUCCAAUUUUUUUGUCAAGCUAAAAUAUUUUACGUAUUUAAUUAUAAUUUUAUAAUUUACAUGAACUAUUUAUUAAUGAAUUAUUAUAUGUGUUUUACCUAGCAA